CGGGGUCCUACGAGGCUCCUCAGGCUGUCUUCAGAGCACCGGGCCUGCUCCACCGCCGGCCGCCUGCCCUGCUCUCCCCGCGGUCUGUUUCUUGGUCCACACCACCCCGCUGGUCCUAAAGCCCGCGUUCUCCACCUUCUGCCAGGCGUCCUCUCCCAGGGCUGGGGCUCGGCCCCAUCAGCUCCCGUCGGCGCCGCUCAUUCCUCCCCUCUUCCUCUCCUCCCUCCUCUCUCUCUCUCCUUCCUUUCCCCUCCCUCUUCCUUCCCCGUUUCCUCCCUCUUCCUCGCGGCUCCGGCAGUUCCCUCCUGCAGCCGGCCGGCGGCUCAAGCACGAUGUUCCGCUUCCUCCGGUGGCUGCCGCUCUUGCUGCUGCUGCCUCCCCCGGGGUCCCCCGAGCCCCCUGGCCUGGCCCCGCUGUCCGCGGGGGCGCCCCCCCAGGCCCCCGACUUGCUCUACGCCGACGGGCUGCGCGCCUACGCGGCGGGGGCCUGGGCGCCGGCGGUGGCCCUGCUGCGGGAGGCGCUGCGGAGCCGGGCGGCGCUGGGCCGCGCGCGGCGGGACUGCGCGGCGCGCUGCGCGGCCGAGCCGGGGGCCGCGUUCCCCGCCCUGCUCCCCGCCUCUCCGGGGCCCGACUCCGGGCCGGGAGCGGCGCGGGGCGCUUGGGAACCGCUGCUCCUCCGCGCCGCGCUGCGGCGCGCCGAGUGCCUGACCCAGUGCGGGGCGCGGAGGCUGGGUCCGGGGGGCGCGGCGCGGCUCCGAGUGGGGAGAGCUCUCCAGGACGCCUUCCGCCGCCGGGAGCCCUACAACUACCUGCAGAGGGCCUACUACCAGCUGAAGAAGUUGGACCUGGCAGCAGCCGCAGCGCACACCUUCUUUGUGGCCAACCCAACGCACCUUCAGAUGCGAGAGGACAUGGCUAAGUACAGACGGAUGUCCGGGGUUCGGCCCCAGAGCUUCCGGGACCUGGAGACGCCCCCAUACUGGGCAGCCUAUGACACCGGCCUGGAGCUGCUGGGGCACCAGGAAGCAGCACUGGCAGUGCCCUGCCUGGAGGAGGCCCUGCAGGAGAGCCUGGCCCAGGUGGAGAGCUGCCGGGCUGGCUGCGAGGGGCCUGAGGAGCAGCAGAGGGCGGAAGAGGAGGCGGAGGGGACCGGGAGCCAGGGAGGCCUGUAUGAGGCCAUCGCGGGGCACUGGAUAGGGGUCCUGCAGUGCCGGCAGCGCUGUGUGGGGGACACGGCCACACGUCCUGGUCGCAGCUUCCCUGUCCCAGACUUCCUUCCCAGCCAGCUGAGGCGGCUGCACGAGGCCCAUGCUCAGGGUCAGUGGGGCAAGGUAGGGAAUCUGUCCCAGGCUGUGGAAAAUGUGCUGAGCGUCCUCCUCUUCUACCCGGAGGAUGAGGCUGCCAGGAAGGCUCUGGACCAGUACCAGGCCCAGCUAGGAGACCCAAGACGUGGCCUCGGGCCAAGAGAGGACAUCCGGCGCUUCGUCCUUCGAUCCCUGGGGGAGAAGAGACAGCUCUACUAUGCCGUGGAGCACCUGGGGGCCAGCUUCAAGGAUCCCGAUCCCUGGACCCCAGCAGCUUUCAUCCCUGAGGCCCUUAGAGAAAAACUCAGAGAGGAUCUGGAGAAGAGGCCGUGGGACCAUGAGCCUCCACAGCCGAAGCCCUUGACUCACUGGAAGGAUGUCCUCCUCCUGGAGGGGGUAACCCUGACCCAGGACGCGAGGCAGCUGAAUGGGUCGGAGCGAGCGGUGCUAGACGGGCUGCUCACCCCAGCUGAGUGCGGGGUGCUCCUGCAGCUGGCCAAGGACGCGGCUGAGUCUGGAGCCAGGUCCGGCUAUCAGGGCCGCCGCUCCCCACACACUCCCCACGAACGCUUCGAGGGGCUCACGGUGCUCAAGGCCGCCCAGCUGGCCCGGGCUGGGACUGUGGGCAGUCAGGGUGCCCAGCUGCUUCUGGAGGCGAGCGAGCGCGUGCGGAGCCUGACACAGGCCUACUUCUCCCCGGACCGGACCCUGCACCUCUCCUUCACCCACCUGGUGUGCCGUAGUGCCAUAGAAGGAGAGCAGGCGCAGCGCAUGGACCUGAGCCACCCGGUGCACGCAGACAACUGUGUCCUGGACCCUGACACGGGGGAGUGCUGGCGGGAGCCCCCGGCCUACACCUACCGAGACUACAGCGGACUCCUCUACCUCAACGAUGACUUCCAGGGCGGCGACCUGUUCUUCACAGAGCCCAACGCCCUCACCGUCACGGCGCAGGUCCGUCCUCGCUGUGGGCGCCUCGUGGCCUUCAGCUCCGGCGUGGAGAAUCCCCAUGGUGUGUGGGCCGUGACGCGGGGGCGGCGCUGCAGCCUGGCGCUGUGGCACACGUGGGCCCCCGAGCACGGGGAACAGGAGUGGACCGAAGCCAAAGAGCUACUGCAGGAGCCAGAGAAGGAGGAGGGAGAAGGGAUGCCCAGCAGAGACCCCGCCCCAGAACCCCCCAGCCACAGGCUUCAGCGGGUCCAGGACAAAGCUGGGAAGCCGCCUCGGGUCCGAGAGGAGCUGUGAGGGGCUGAGCCAGCUCCUUGGGGAUGUGGCCUCUUGACUUGUGGGGGGUCUGCCUUGAUGCCAAGACCCCCAAGAAGUCCCCACGUAACGGGAGCAGAACAGCGAGCUCUCCGUCCCUGCACGCCCGCCAGCCUGGGGAUCACAAGGGCCGUGCAGCCCUGGACUCAGAGGACACUGCACAGACUAGCCUGGGGAGCCAGGCCUGGGCCCAGCUGACGGACCUCCAGCCCUAGGACAGACAGAAGACGCGAUGCUGCCGCCGUGGAGAGAAACGGCCGGGGGUAGGGCCCGACUGCUUUCAAUGAGGCGGAUGAGAGGGAGGGUCACCCCACUGCCCGCUCCCCGCCCGUCAAUAAAGAUCCUGAAGACCCCUCAGCCGGGGCCCAGUCAA